AUGACGAAGGCAGCGACAGCCAGGGUUGGGCCUGGGAAGCCACGUAAUAUGGCGAGUCAUCAGCAAAAGGGAUGGCCGGCUAAACUUCGUUAUACAGAAUUAUUAUGGGUUAAUAUGAGCAACAAGCGCAGGUUCCGACAAGACUAUAACGUCAAUUGGAUCUUAAGCUCUUCGGAUCCAACACCUCUCGCCUUUUUUCGAAUGACCCAUCCAACACAGAGAGUACGUGCCAUCGAAAAUUAUAGGGUGGCUUUCGCUCAGGCGUUAGGAAAGAGUAAGGAUGAUGCGAGGCUCCGAAAUGACGAAUCUACACAACGAGACUGGGAAAUUUGGCUAGGAGAAAAGAAGACGAUUUCAGUGCACCGUUCAAUCCAUGAUACAAAUGUUAAUAUUCAGAAUAAGUUCAACUCAGGAGUUAAUAGUUGGGGCAUACGUUUGGACGACCGAACAAAAGACGUGAAUGAAAAAAAGAGCGGCAACAACGAGUCAGACGGGGAAAGCGACGAGGGAAAUGGCCAGAACGAUGCAGAAAAAGUCUGUGCUGAAUUAUCAGAGGACAACCACCCUAAUAACGCAUUUGUGGAACGAUUGGAGGCUCAAAAUCCUUCAGUCCAUACCAGACGCUGGAUUCUGCCAAGCGGAACAGAUGUCGGAAAAACUGUUAAAGACCAACGCAACAUAGUAUUGGCAAUUGAUCGUAUUAUGCCAGAGGUUAUGGAAGAAAAAUAUGGUGUCACACUUAGUGAGGAUGACCAACGCGAUAUUAAUGCUGUGAAACUCGCCGUAAUGACAUAUGCCGAAAACCUUGGUGAUGUGGAUCUGCCGGUUUCGGAGUCACCUUUUGAUAAUUCUUUCCCUAACAUGCUGACCAGGAGAUUUCUCGAUAGAACAGAGUUGAAAAUGGAUGUCGGAGAAAUCUGUUGCUGGGCAUCGGCGGCUCGCCGAAACGAUGGCAG